CGACGUGACUUGCCCGUAUUUGGGUGUCAGCCAGAUGCAGCAGCGCACUACAUAGCGUCGACUGACCGCCUAAGUGUGCAGGAUCGGGUGGCCAGACAAGAAAUCAUGAAAGUUCUCCAGGUUUUCCGAAGGAUUGUUUGCGUUUUUUUGGACUUUAUGUUUAAAGGCGGCUCGAUCUGUUCCUGGGCCGCAUCUGCUCAGCUCCUUUUCCUGGUUGCGUUCCUGUCAGGGUUAAUCUCGGCAGAUAUUUUACCGCAGACAAUAACAGCCUAUGUCAAUGAAACGGUCACGCUGCCCUGUAGCAUCCCUGUUGACGAGGAACUCCCCACGGUGGAGUGGUCCAAAGAGGGAUUAUCUCAAAACAUCACCAUACUGUAUCGGGAUGGCUGCGAGACGUUUGGGAUGAAGAAUUCAGCUUUUCGCUACAGGACAAAUCUCGUUCUUGACAAACUGAAAGAUGGCAACAUCUCCCAGAUCAUUUACAAUCUGAGGCUGUCUGAUCGGGGCAGGUACCAGUGCAGGACCCUCAGGGGGAGGCAGUGGCAGGUUCACGCGAUGCUGGAGCUUAAAGUGGUUGCUGUUUCUGAGCCAAAGCUCGCAGUUGUUCCCACCACUGGUGGGGAUGGAGUGACCCUGGAGUGUAAGGCAGUGUGUUGGUUCCCGGAGCCUGAAGUAACGUUUCAGGAUGACAAAGGGAAGGAGAUUAAGGCAAACAAUCCAACAAGAGUUUCUCACCCAACAGAAUGUUUGACUGUUACCAGGAAGGCCAAUUUGCAGACUCCCAUCAACAGAGUUAUCUGCAGAGUCCAUGAGACAGACAUGAAUCAGACCAGGAAAACAGAGAUUUACAUCCCAGAUCACUGGAUGAGGUCCUGCGCACACACUGCAACUAUCACUGGAGUCAUAAUUUUCUUAUUGACAAGUUUCGUUUCCUUUGGAAUCUGUUUCUUUAUACAGAAGAAAUCUUGCAUGAGGAGACAAAACUGUCUGUCAAGAAGCGGAGAUCUGGAUGAAGAUGAUCUUGAAGCAGAUUUAGAAAAAAAAGAUGAAAAACUGAGUUCAGUCAUUUCUAAGGAAGAUGAGAAAAUCCAAAACUCAAGUGUAGACAAAGAAAAGCUCAAAUCUAAACAAAAUGGUACCUUACAGGAAGAUCAGCACGUCCAUGACUCCAGUACCUCACUAAGUGGCACAGAACAAGCAACCCAAAACUCCAGUUGCAACAGCUCAACCGGAUCAGCCACGUCCAAGAUGAAAUAUUCUGGUCCGGUUGUUUCAAGACAAGACGAAGCCCUCGGUCCACACAGUCCUAAAAGUACUUCUUCUUCCACAUUCAAGGGACCUAAUCUGCUCGCGGCUCCUAGUUUUCACAGAUCUUUAAGUUACCGAUCAAAUGCAAGUGAGGAAUCAGAGUCCUUGUUAGAGAAACCGUGAAUAACUAAGAUGUGGAAAGGAAGGGAUAUAAGUAUACAAAACGGUUAUUGAAAACCAGCUGUUUAAAGAUUUGUGCUUUUCUUUUAGUUUUCUUAUCCUCAGGUUCCAGUCUGCAAAGUUCACAACCUUCUCAGAACACUCUAGAUUGUUCUAGUUCCAGUGAGUAGGAGGAAAAAAUCAAAUAUUAUAUUAUAUUAUAUUAUAUUAUAUUAUAUUAAGAAGGUAUACCACACUGUGAAAUCAUGUAUUUUUCAACUAUAGUAGUUUAGUAAACCUAGUGCAAUAAUUGGUAAUUAUUUUUUGUCGUGAAUUUUAGAAUUGUGUAAGAGCUUUUGUUUAAACUAGGAUGUGGCCUACGUAACUAACGUGGUGAUAAUAAGUGACUCAUUAGAUUCCUAAUGAUUGUUGACACGAUUUGACGUUAUUUUUUUAGCAAGGAUGUGUACAAGUCAGCAAGUAAAGGACAUGAGAAACAUGCAUACUUUCAUAUUUUUGUGCAUUAUCAUAGUAAAAACAUUUCUCAGGGGUUUUAUAUAAAGGGCUGUUUAAAUACUAGGGUUUUACUUCUCUGAACAUUAUGAAAAUAUUCAGAUCUGUGUGUAUGCAUCUGUUUCUGCAGACUAUAUUAUUUUUUAAAUACUUUGUACAUAUCCUUAUUUAAAUAUUGUCUGUUACAUCACGUUUUAUAACUUAAAUGAAAAGAAAUCUGAUUUUCAUAGUAUUUAUUUACAAAAUACACACAGAUGUGCGUGUAUAUAUGUAUAUUUAUAUAUAUAUGUGUGUGUAUAUACACAUAUAUUUGUAUUUUGACUACAGUGCCUUACUUUCCAAGUAUACAUUUCUAUGAUGUCUUUAUGCAGAGCAUUAGUCCUCAUUCUUUUGUUAAACAGAUGUUAUUCCACUCAUGAUUAUUCGUCAGUGUUCCCACUCACAUAGUAUUAUUUAAUAAAAUGUAGUUCUGAAUCUGACUGCACUGUUCAAUGGUUACAAUUAAUU